UGCUGUACGAUUACAGUACAUACUUCCACUCUGUUGGUGGCGGUAAUGAAUGCAGGGUAAGGGAGUAGAAGAAGCGGUAGCAGCAUCACGGAUGCAGCACAAACAUCGCCAUUGCACUGUUCAUUCAUUGGUGUCGAGGCCUACAUCGUUUCAUAGGAUACACAGAACUUCAUCAUGGUGAAAAUUUUUAUUGGCAACCUUGCCUGCAAUACCACAGUUGAGGAGCUGCGUGAACUCUUUGAGAAGUAUGGCAAAGUCUCCGAAUGUGACAUUGUCAAAAACUAUGGUUUUGUACACAUGAACAACAUGUCUGAAGCAGAGGAGGCUAUUCAAAACCUCCACCAGUACCAGUUGCAUGGCUGGCGCAUGAAUGUGGAGAUAAGCAAAGGGAGGCCCAAGUCCACCACCAAGCUACAUGUCAGCAACCUUGGCGAAGGGGUCACCAGUGAUGUUCUGCGGGCCAAGUUUGAAGACUUUGGCCAGGUGGUGGAGUGUGACAUAGUGAAGGAUUAUGCCUUUGUUCACAUGGAGCGAAUGGAGGAUGCCAUGGAUGCUAUCGAUAAGCUGGACAACACAGCCUUUAAAGGCAAGCUGAUGAGCGUACAGCUGUCCACCAGUCGGCUUCGCACUGCCCCAGGAAUGGGAGAUCAUACCGGCUGCUAUGUCUGCGGGAAACAUGGUCACUGGUCGAAAGACUGUCCAGUCGGUCGGAACGGUAGCUACGGUGACGGCACAAGAGGUCGCAGCGGCCGGGCCCCCCCACGCGGUCCCCCAGGUUAUGGCAGGGGCAGCUACGGGAUGGCCUCACCUCCAGCAGCUGAUUACAUGGGUGGCUCUGCGUAUAGUCGGUCUAGUUACGUAGGUGGGUUGCCGCCUCCCCCUCGUAGGCUUAGCAGCUACAGCUCUGAGCUGGGGGAUAGGUUCGCCAGCAGAGCAGCAGGCUCUGAGAGGUCAUCAGCUUAUGAUCGUGAACGUCUCUAUAGCAGUGUUGACUAUUAUGAGAAGUACAGAGCUCGCCCUUAUGGCUCAAGCUAUUUCGAGGAUCGUCGCAUGCCCUUUCUCCCCCCUCCCCCACCCCCCCCUUCCUCCCUCUCAAAGCUCUCCUCCAGUGUAGAUCCAUAUGACCGUCGGCCACUGCCUCCACCUUCAUCGCCCGCCGCAGCUGCUGCAUUUUAUGCACGAGACCGCAGUCCAAUCAGACGAGUACCAGUCUCCUCGGCAGGCUACGCAUAUGAGCGUACACGGCUGUCACCGGUAUCAGCCUCCAGGAGCUCCUAUGCUACCCCACGGCCCAAGGAUCAUUAUGCGCCACGCUAUGCGCCUUACUAAAGCCAUGGUGCCAAGGUCUGUUUGUGAACUGCAGGACUUUUCCUUUGCCGUCAUUUCUUCAAGCUACAUCACACAGCAAAGCAUAUGAGAUGCAGAAAUUAAGAUUGGAAAUUGUGUUGGCUUCUUCCAGGCACCUGAGAUGCCAGUUGCCUGCAGAUGAAUGGUCCUUUCAUUCACAUUCACAUAACCUGUUUUGAAUAAGGAUGAUUAGCAAACUGCACUGUUUAACACUCAUGAUGUAUAAAACAAUAAUUGCUCACUUGCUCUGCAGGUUUUCAGUUCAGUUUUUAGCCAUGUCUUUUUUUCUUACCGGUGUUUCUUCCUCACAUGAAGCAAAUUUUUAAAUUCAGAAAAUGUUAAUUGUUUGGCUUCUGUUUUGUCAUUUAGAGGAAGUGUUCUUUUUUCAUCAAUAUAUGAACAUGUACCUUCCUUUUUUGAAGGGGAUGAGCGUUAACCCAUGCUGUAUCAGUUGCUUGUAGUGCACAAGAAUCUUAUCUUGCUCCUAGACACACAUCUGACAUGAUCAGAGUCAGAUAUGUGGAGAGAGAGAAAUGUUUUUUUCAAAAAUGAUCAUCAUUGGUGUCCAACAAUAUGCUGUAGAGGUCAAUGACUCCUCAGGUAUGUUUUAUUACAGCUAAAACUAGUAGUUUUCACUCAGAAGUUGCUUCCUUUAUGCUUGAAAGGUUGAAACCUGCAGUAAGCUGUCAAGCGUUGGUUGGGGAAGAAAACCUGCAGACUCUGCCCUCUGUAGCACAUGAGUGGACUCAGUGAUUCACACUGAAGAAGACAAUAGAGAAAUGAAUCCAUAUCCAUGCGACUGACCUGACUGACUGUUCAGUUAGGAUACAGAAUCACAGAGUUAGAUUCUAAGGUAAGACAAAUAAUCUCAAACAUUCCAGCCUCUCAGUUUUUCUAAUUUGAAUGUGUCUACAAAUUAUAAAACUGAUAUAUUUUACCACACUUAAUGAGAUGUCUGCCAAUCUGAAGUCAAAAUUCUUGAAAUAAAAGUGUCGUUGCGUGACACCUAAACAAGAAUGUUGGCUAACAUGCACUGUGCAACUAAGUAACAUCUUGACUUACGUUUUCUUCCUACUGGCAGUGUUGCACGUUUUGCCUACAGUUGACAACAGAAUUCAUGUCUUGAAUUUUGGUCUGGGAUGGAUGUUCAUUAUAUCCAUAUAAAUCCCCAUAAGCAGAUACAGAAAUGUGAGGCAGGACUCAGGGCUUGGCUGUAUAAGUCUUGAGGCACUUAUGGUUUGUUGAAGGUGCCUUGUUUGUUUUGCAUAUAGGUGGAUUUGAAGUUUGUAUUUUUCAUACUAGCUGUAAAAGUACCAGCAUACAUUUAAAAUUUAAAAUGAAUAUGAUUUUUUAAUAAAGCCAAAGUUAUUUUGGUGACAAAAUUUUCAGUUCUUUGUUUGAAACCCCAUUUGAGCAUGAGGAUUAUGGUUUUAGAACAUUGUAAUUUUAAGGGAAUUAAACUGUCACCCAUAAUGUUUUUUCCCAAAAGAUGCCGUCUAUUAGAAGUGAGCAAUAUGAUGAAAAAUCUAAUAUUGCUGUGUAUGUAGUUUAAAAAAAAAAUCACUAUCUAUUAUAGUAAUUGUUUGGAAAGUCAAUUGAGAGAAAUCAGAAGCAAAAUCCUUGGUCACAAUGAUGCAAAAGUCAUAAAAUAUUGUCAUUAAACAUUUCUUCCUAAUGA